AUGGGCAGUCUCCCACUUGACGCCUUGGGUCAACAUCCGCUCUUAUACAAGCUCUAUACACAAAUAAGCUGCGUUUUCGCACUUUCCCACGAAACUGAAGAAGAUGGGAUUGUGAGAUCCUUGCAGUUUGGCCUCGAGAGGCUCGCAAAGGCAUUCCCUUGGAUUGCUGGAAAUGUAAUAUACGACAAAACAAGCGAGGAGUACUGCAUCGUCCCAUCCGGGGCAAUUGCAUUGAUUAUCCAUGAUAUCCGAGGCGAUAAUUCUUCACUGACUAUGGAUGGCCUUCGGGAAUCCGGAUUUCCCUGCAGAAUGCUUGACGAAAGAAUAAUCGCUCCAUGUCUUACUAUCAAUACCCCCGAGACCAACAAGGGCCUAGCAGCAUAUUCCUCCCCGGUUCUUGCACUUCAAGCAAACUUUAUCACAGACGGACUGAUUUUAACGAUUGUGGCGCAGCACAAUGUCACCGACAUGACGGGACAAGACCACAUCAUCGGCCUCCUCUCAAAAGCAUGCCACGGGAUACCAUUUACUCGGGAAGAGCAGGCAAUUGGGAUGAUGGAUCGCAGGAGGGUGGUUCCAUUGUUGCCGGAGAGUUAUAAUAUUUGGAAUCCUGGCCCGGAGCUCGAUUUUCAUGUUCAUAAGCCUCGAGAAACAGAUUUCGCAACAUCAACUGAUUCAAAUAUCGCGACUGCCACCUGGGCAUGCGUGAACUUCCCACAGCUAUCCCUGGAACAACUCAAGUCCUGGGCAACAAUGACAAAAGAUCCCUCGACACCAUUCACACCGUAUGCGCAUUUCUUUGGAAAUAAGGUCUCUCCAGCAAGUGGUCGACGAGCCUCUCGGGGGGGGAAAGCUUCAUACCUCCGCUCUCUGCUUGAUCCAGAUGUGGUGGACUUGGUUUACCAAGCGCGUGCGUUUAACACUUUUGUCGCUCGUGCAGGGGGUAAAAAGGCUACCGCUUCAUUCACGGCCAAUAUGAACCCUUCAUCUGACCUUAUGACAAGCUCCUGGUCAAAGAUUGGUUGUUAUGACUAUGAGUUUAACCUCGGGCUGGGGAAGCCGGAGGCUGUUCGACGGCCAGGCUUUUCUUCGUUUGAAUGUUUAGUUUACCUCAUGCCCCGGUCUCCGAAGGGUGAACUAAUAGCCCAGGUUUGUCUUCGGGAUGAGGAUUGGGAUCGCCUUAAGGGGGAUGAAGAGUUCACCAAAUUUGCUCAGUAUGUCGGAUAA